CUGCAGCAGACCCUGACACAAAGUUCAUAUUUUAGUGCUGUGCAAGUUAGCUACACGUUCCUUUUUCCUUGUCUGGGUUUCUCUUUUUUCCUUACCAAAAUUAACAUUUUUCGUUUUGUAACUUGCUUUGCCUUGUAGAACUAUGGCAACAACGGGAUAUGGCUACUACCGGACUACCAUUUUCCUUGCCAUGUUCGUGGGCUAUACGUUAUACUACUUUAACCGAAAGACUUUCUCCUUUGUUAUGCCUUCACUAAUGCAAGAGAUCAAACUGGAUAAAGAUGACUUGGGUCUUAUCACCAGCAGUCAAUCGCUGGCCUACGCUAUCAGUAAGUUCAUAAGCGGCGUGCUCUCCGAUCAGAUAAGCGCUCGUUGGCUUUUCUCCGUCGGUCUCCUCUCGGUGGGGGGCGUUAACGUGGCCUUCGCCCGCUCCUCCUCCGUGAGCGUGUUCUCGGGUCUGUGGUUCUUGAACGGACUUGGCCAAGGUCUCGGGUGGCCCCCGUGUGGGAAGGUUUUGCGUAAGUGGUUUGAGCCAUCUCAGUUUGGGACAUGGUGGGCGAUUCUCUCCUGUAGCAUGAAUUUGGCUGGAGGCCUGGGGCCCAUCAUUGCCACGCUGAUGGCUCAGAGCUACAGCUGGAGGACAACGCUGUCAAUCUCUGGAAUGACUUGCGUUGUGAUGUCUGUCUUCUGUCUGCUGGUUAUCCGCAAUGAACCCCGUGACGUGGGGCUGCCUAAUAUCGAGACUGGUGCAAAAAAAGGCAAAGGAGGCUCUUCUACUGAUGAAAGUACGCUCAAAGAGUUCCUGCUGUCCCCGUACCUGUGGGUGCUGUCACUAGGCUACCUGGUUGUGUUUGGUGUGAAGACGGCGUGCACAGACUGGGGGCAGCUUUUCCUCAUCCAGGACAAAGGGCAGUCAGCACUCAUGGGCAGCUCUUAUAUGAGUGCCCUGGAGAUCGGUGGACUGGUGGGGAGUAUAGCAGCUGGUUACCUCUCAGACAGAGCCGUUGCACGGCAAGGCAUGCGUAUUUAUGGCAACCCAAGACAUGGUCUUUUGCUCUCGAUGAUGGCUGGGAUGUUUGUCUCCAUGUACCUGUUCCGGAUCACUGUCACUCCAGACAGCUCAAAGUCAGUUACAACCUCUCUUAUCAGUGUUGUUCAACCUUUCAUACAGAUUUGGAUUCUGUCUCUGGGUGCUGCCUUCGGUUUCUCGUCGUAUGGACCCAUUGCCUUGUUUGGAGUUAUUGCUAAUGAAAGUGCCCCCUCUAACUACUGCGGGACCUCACAUGCUAUUGUUGCUUUGAUGGCCAAUGUUGGUGGUUUCCUCUCCGGUUUACCGUUCAGCACCAUAGCUAAACACCACGGCUGGGAGACAGCUUUCUGGGUUGCCGAGGUGACCUGUGCCGUGACGACCAUUGGCUUCUUCCUGCUACGGAACAUCCGCACAAAGAUGGGCCGCGUUCCAAAGAAGGCCGACUAAGCGCGUUACUCGAACUUCGUCUGUACGUUAUAAUAACGUGUGUUGUUAAGGAUGUCUUUAUGAUUCAUCUGACAUAUGAAACUGCAUCCGCUCCAUAUGCAAGGUUUUCUUUCUUUUGGAUGUACAAAGAAAGUGAUCGUUUUUCUUUCUUUCAGAACUAUGGGGUUGUAGACCAAGUACACAUUCUCAUUUUAGUGGGAUUGUGGGAUUUUUGAGUGUUGAAGUUUUUUUUUUGUUUUUUGUUUUUUUUUUCCAAUGGAUGAACCAUAAGCCUACAUAUUAUUUAUUAGAAAGAUCUAGUCACUACAUUUUAUUUGGUGGUUUUGUUUGCACAGAGAGAUGCCCUACUUUAUUUCAUCAUUUAAAAUGAAACAUCUGGUAUCUCUACACGUGGUGUAUAAGGGGUUUUUAAAACAGAAAUACAAGCUGUACGUGCUUUAUUAAAUAAGGAUCCA